CGAACAACAUGGCUACCAACACAAAAUAUUAGCAGGGGCAUGUGAUCGUCGACAUAGUUCUGAAAAUAUUAUUUAGUUACUUUAUAUUUUUAAUUUGUUAUAUUAGUUUCAUAUCAACAGGUAAUUACAUUAUGGGCAGAUCGAAUCAGCAAAAAGCAAAUGAAGCCAAACAAAGAGGGAACACAGAAGCCAAACGUAAACAUUAUUUCAAUGCCAUAAUUCACUAUACAGAAUCCAUAAAAAUUGAUCCUAACGAUGCUACUGUACUUACAAAUAGAUCAUUGUGUUUUCUUAAAAUGGCGCAGCAUUUCCUCGCGCUUGAAGACGCCAAGCGUGCCAUAAAGCUGCAGCCUGAUUGGUCAAAGGGUUAUUAUCGAAAAGGUCAAGUUUAUUACAGUGCAGAUAAAUUUGAUGAAUGUAUUGAAGCGUAUCAGUUGGGGCUUGAAAAAUGUCCAGAAGAUGAAACACUAAAACUAGCAUUAGAAAAAGCACAGGAAAAGCAAAAAGAAAAAGACGACAGAGAAAACUGGUACACAAGCGUAGGAAUGAAAAUUGGGUUAGUUUGCGGUAUUUUACUCGUAGUAUGCGAUGAAUGGUUGUCUUCCAUUCCUGCUUUACCUGUGAGUAAAACUGGUUGGUAA